AUGGCGCAGCAGCUGCUGCUCCUCCUCCCCGCCCCUUCCAGAACCUUCUUGAAGCCCCUCCCCUCUCCCUUCCUCUCCUCCCUCCCCCGGCGCCACCUCGUCCCCGUCUCUGCAGUUCGCGUGGCACCCGCCGUCCGGCGGGGCCUGCUCCGAUACGCGACGAAGCGUUCAGGCUUGGUUGAAGAGCUGGAGAUCGCCAAGGACAAGCAACCGCGGAGCAGGCGCGCCAAUGGCAUCUUCUGGAUCUUGCUGCUCAAUUUCGGCAUCUACGUGGCCGACCACUUGUUCCAGAUUCGGCAAAUAAAAUCACUGUACCUGUAUCAUGCAUUCCCUACAUGGUUCCAGUUUGUGACAUCAACAUUUUGCCAUGCCAACUGGAAUCAUCUUUCAAGCAAUUUAUUCUUUGUGUAUAUCUUUGGAAAGCUUGUUGAAGAGGAAGAGGGUAACUUUGCUCUGUGGAUGUCUUACAUUUUGACUGGUGCUGGGGCAAACUUGAUUUCAUGGUUGGUUCUUCCAACAUCCUCUGUGUCACUUGGAGCAUCUGGUGCUGUUUUCGGCCUUUUCACCAUCAGUGUUCUAGUUAAGAUGUCAUUGGACUGGAGAAAGAUUCUUGAGGUGCUUAUCCUGGGACAAUUUGUUGUUGACAAGGUCAUGGAAGCAGCACGUGCAACAACAAUCACGGGCCAAUCAUUUCAAGUGAACAACAUUGCUCAUGUAUCAGGUGCUUUGAUAGGUGCUGCGUUGGUGUUUCUGGUUAGCAGAAUCCCUUUUUCAUCCAAUGAUGAUAAUCCCAAGGCAACGAAAAGAGAGUAA